GCCUAUAGUUAAGUAUUUAGCACCCAUUUAGUUAGCCUUCUCCUUACUUUCCUAUUGUCUUGCAUGUCACUCAAAUGUUUGGUCUAAAUUCUUACUUUUGGGUACUGUUUAAGUGAAAUGUUGUAAUGGCUUAAGGGCAGAAAUGUUCUUUGACAUUUUUAUUUGAUAAUGACAGCUGCAGAUUCACUACAGCUGGUACUGUACUUGGAGAAAUCUUUGGGUUUUCUAGCAAUGGCUGUAAAUCAAUUUGGGAACAUGGCUUUGAAGUAGAAGUUAAUUGGAGAACGGCUUGUCAUAGUAGGCUUUAAAACAUGCAGUCAGCUUAAAGCAAGUGGAAAUACUGGCAAUCGUUGCAGUUUGUCUUACUAUGGAGUAAGUAAUUAGAUUAGUUUAAGCUCAGAUUUUGUAUUGCUCACUCUCCUGUGUCUCUUAUUAAGAAGAAAUGCACGAUUGAUUUCAAACACUUGUGCUUAUGUGACAAUUAAGUGAACGCCUCUCACUGUGUCUCGUUAUAGGAACACCAUACAGAACAACUUGUCCUUAUGCAAAUGCAAGAACAUGCCAGUUUGAGUUCAAGCUACUUGAAAAUAUAUGUAUCAUUUAUUUUUUUUCUUUUUCUGAAAUCAAGACUCUUAAACUUCCUCAAUCUGGAGGAAGAGAGCCAGCUUUCUGGUUUCCAAAAGCCAUGUGGGUUUAAAGCAAACUUUAGCCUUUGUUCUUUGUGGUUGUGUACACAGCAUAUACUUGCUAUGUUAGUCUCUUGGUAAUUUAGUGCUGCAAAAGACUUCCUGGGUCACCCAGCUCCUUACUGCUUGGGAGAGCAUCUCAUAAUCCCUUUUGUAAAUUUAGAAGUCUAGCCUUAAAAACAAUUACAUCUUUUCUUCUCUCCUCCUGUAGAUUAAGCCAUUACUGAAGAUGACAGAUCUAGCUGUGCGAUUAGGAGCCUUCAUUUGAUUCCCAGACUGAACAUUCAUGCCAGCUUAUAUACUCAUUUGAGCUUGUGUUGCUUUUUUUUUCUUUUGCAUAAGGCCUGCUUCUUCUUUUCAGUGGUUUACCUCUUUUGCUGUAUUCUGUAAAAUGUGGUGGUAUACCUUCACCUGUGGUUUUGCUGUGCUGAAUGACCCAAGUGUUAUCUAGUAGCUUCUUGAACAACAGCUGUCGUCGUUGUUCUCGGUGUGGAUGAAUCUCCUCUGAGUCAUGUCAAAAAGCGUAUGCUGUACUCCAGAGCAGAUCUGGUGGGAGGGCUUUUCACUGCUGCCUUGAAUAUAUCACAUCAUCACCUCCACUUGCCUCUGUUUCAUAGAUAUGUCUAUGGUGGCCAAUGCACCUUUCUCAGUUACCUCCAAAACUUCUUGGUGUUUAGCUUUCUGGUGCAUCACCAGCUGGAUUUCAAAACUCUCCUCCAUUUUUGUUACUUGGUGCUUUGUGCCUCUGCUGUAUUGGUAGUGCCUUUCAUUUCUGUGGGUGCACCUGUAGUAGUUGUGCUGAGGUCAUUGCUAACAAAAUCAGUGUGUUCCCAAGGCUGAUUCUUGAGGCAUGUCUUUGGUUUCCAGGCUGGUAUUUUCUUAUCCAGCACCACCUGGGGCUGUCUGCUGCAAGCCAGCUCCUUGGUCUGUUUUCCCAUUCCUCUGGCAAUCUGUCUUAACCAGUAAAUCUCGUGUGCCUUCUGAAGUCCAUGUGAAUAAGACAUAGUACACUUCUCUAAAAAGAUCACUGUUUUGAGAACCUUCAGGUUAGUCUGGCGUGUCGAACUAUUCCCUCUUCCCCCUUUUACUCUGUGUUGCCUUAAUCCUCGCUUGCAAAACACCUUUAUAUUGAAGUCAGAGUACCAGGCCUGGAGAGGCUGCAAUUUCUCUCCCUGCUCUUUCUCCCCUGCAGUGCCACCUCCAAUGUGCCAUAUGUUUUAUUAACUCAUAUUGUUGCCUUUCAAGAGGUUUAUAAAUCUUGCUUCUUGGCCUGCAGUUCAUAAGUCUGUCUAUUUUGGAUUCUAAAACUGAGAUGAGCCACUCCUUGCAAUUUUCAUGAAGCUUUUUAAUCUUCCCCCUGCCAAUGUUCUUGUUCAAAUUAACCCCUGAGCUUUUGCCCUCGUGAUCACCCUUAUCACCCCUCUUUAAAAAUGAUGCAAAGGCAAAUUUAGUAUUUUGUGUUGUACCUAGAGUACUCUUAAUCUCUGCCUUGACCUUGCUUGCAGCCCUGUUUCUCUCCCUGUCCUAUCUAACAAACUGAAGAACCUUUUACUAUUUCUUUAAAUAUCUUUUCAGUGGCUUAACACUGCACCAGUUCUCGUGUUUAUUCCUAGACUUUUUGAUCUCUAAGAUACAAGUUUCCAAGUGAUGUCACCUAGUGACUUGAAACCUGUGUCUGCUUCUUGUAUCCUUCCCGAAGAAGGAAUGUGUUCAGUUGGAGUUUCUUCUGCUCUUGUUUGGGAUGUGUUCUUGGUAAUUAAAACACCUUUUGAUUCCUGGAGAAUGCCUGCUGGGUUGUGCUGUCUGCAGUGAAAUCCUCUGCACCGCAGUGCAGCUGACUUCAUGAAGCAGUUCCUUUUGGCCUUGAGUUUCAAAAGAACAACCUGAUGACUUGCCUUCAGAUCUACUUUUGCUUAUUCUUUCUUUUGAAUUCUAAUGAUAGUGUGGUCCAAGGCUAAUUUCUACAACCUUUCAUGUGUUCUUAUUAUGUAUGCACAAAAAUGAAGACUAAACAGCAUCACUUUUGUGUUGGUUCGUUAACUGUUUGAAGAAAUUUGUUGUGCCAUGAUGUUAAGAAAGGUCUUGGUCCUCUUGCAGUUAAUAAAUUAGAAAAUCAAGAUAUAUUUCCUUCCAGAAAUGUUUUAUCUGUCACUUACCUUUGCUGCUCUGGGCAGCUUUCAGCAGAAGACCUAUAAAACCACCAUUUUUUUUUCUUACUGUCCUUUUGUGAUUUCUUCUCAUCUUGGCCUCUUCCACCACAGGCAUGUGUGCUAUCCCAUCAUCUUUGAGCUACAGGUUUCUGGAGCAGCUUAUAACCUUGAAUACCAAAUCUUUUAAGUUUAUUUUGUUCCUGUCUGCUUUACAUCAUCUCUGUGUCAUCUGUAGUAUGGUUGGGAAGCAGGGAGCAUGGGUUUGAGCUUCCUCAGGCUCAACAAAGAAUUGCUUCUACGUCACUCACUUCACGGCUGGCCGCUCAAGUGGAGAGUGCUGCUUCAGCAGUCAGAUACCUUCUGUUUACCUUCAAAGCCUGUGAUAAUCCUCGCUUGCUCUCCAGUUGAUGCAGGAGGCGGUUUCACAGGCGUUAGAAGGGUUUCUGGUAUGCACUUAAAGCCAUAUCUCAAGUUACAGAAAAAAGAGCGAUCUCCAGAAAUAAGCCAGGAUUCCCUGAGAGGCCCACCUAUGAGCCAUCAGAGAUCAGCACAAGAAGAAAAAUACACGAACAACUGCACCAAACUGAGCGUUUUCCCAAAACCCUCCCUUGUGACUCCAUCCCAAAAGCUUCUGGGGAUUAUUUAUCCAAAUACUAUGUGCAAUAUGAAUGGGAAAGGUCCAGCGGAUGGUCCGAGUGCAAGGGAAAAGAAGAACGCCCUGUCUGCAACGAUCCACCAGGGAGAAGAAGGGGAAGGGCCUCUGGAUGUCUGGGCUGUAGUGAAACCUGGCAAUACAAAGGAGAAGAUUGCGUUCUUUGCAGCCCAGCAAUGCAGCAGUAACAACCGGCUAGGCUCCAUGAAAAUUAAAAGCACGUGGGAUAUCGACGGAAGAACAGCUAAACGCAGGAAAAAAUCGGUAGAUCUUAAAAAAGCCAAAAUUCAACUGGAAAGAAUGAGGGAGGCGAAUGUCAGGUGCUCCCAGCCGGAGCCUUUUGCCUGUGGCAUCGAGCACUGUUCGGUGCAUUACGUGAACGACAACGGUGAGGGUGUGUUCCCGGGCCGGUCCCUCUCGGUGAUAGAGAUGGUAGCCUUUCUGGAGCAACGAGCAAGUGCUUUACUGGUAGACUGUGCGAAAACCUGCACGCAUGCUUCUACUACGAGGCUGAACGCUCAGCCUAAAGGUGCGCUUCCCAGCUCAGACCCUUUCUCCUCCGCCGGGGCGUGCGAGGUACACGCGGAGAGGGGACCUUGCGGCAAUAGCGAGCAGCAGCAGAGCGAGCCUGUGCGUGUGCUGGACAUGGUGGCCAAGCUGGAGUCGGAGUGCCUGAGACGCCAGAGCGAGCGGGAGGCCGGGAGCCUCUCGCGGAACAACAGCUUCCGCAGAAAUGUCGGGAGGGUGCUCCUGGCGAACGGCACCCAGCCUGAGGGAGAGGCGGGGAAGGUCUCCUCGGGGGUCCUGGCUCCGGGGGAUGGCUUGGAGGAGGCAGGUGUAGCAGAGGCCGGCUGCGGAGGACGGUGCGGUCCUCUGGGUGACGCAGAGUUGUGGGAUGGUGCUGCCUCUGCUCGGCAGCCGUUUCCUUCUGGGCUGGAUACUCGGAUGGGGAAUGUGAACUCGGGACUUGCUCAUGCAGUGUUGGCAAUAACCGCUGGCAGGAGCGAUAGUGAAACGCGAAUUGAGCCUCCCAGACCUCUGCCGUCUGCGUGUCCGGCUGCUGCCAGGUUGCCACCGGACUCCUUGCAGAGCAAGAAUGCGACUGUUGAUUGUACGUCGAAAGAGCCUGUAAUUUUGCCAAAGCAGAGUCUGCAUCCUGCUAGGAAGGAGCCCUUAUGCAUCAGUAUAUCGGUCACCAAGACUGAGAAAGGAUGCAGGAAAGAGAAGCUCUCUAACGCCAGUGGUAGUGAAGAUCCACUCCCAGGGAGGCUGUUUUUCCUCCAGGCUGACCAGCCUGCUGCUCACGAGCAACAGCCGCUACGGGAAAGUACCCAAGAAAAGCCAGGAGAAGUAGCCCAAAAUGAGGAUGAGGAUGCUUUGGCAUCUGAGAGAUCAUGCGUCAGAAAUAGUGUCCCUACAGAGCCAUCUGCCCUUUCUGUUCCUCCGACAGAAGGGGCUUUGCAAGUACUUGAUGCUUCCUGCUUAAAAAGGCAGGUUUCACAUGACUUUUUGGAGACCAGGUUUAAAAUUCAGCAGCUUUUGGAGCCUCAGCAGUAUAUGGCCUUCUUGCCUCACCACAUCAUAGUGAAGAUCUUUGGAUUGCUUCCUACCAGGAGUCUGGUUGCCCUAAAAUGCACUUGCUACUACUUCAAAUUCAUCAUUGAAUAUUACAACAUCAGGCCAGCAGACUCCCGCUGGGUCCGCGAUCCCCGCUACAGAGAAGACCCUUGCAAGCAGUGCAAGAAGAAAUACGUGAAAGGGGACGUAUCGCUGUGCCGGUGGCAUCCCAAACCAUACUGUCAAGCUUUACCGUACGGGCCUGGGUACUGGAUGUGCUGUCACCGGUCUCAGAAGGGCAUCCCGGGCUGUAAGUUAGGUCUUCAUGACAAUCAUUGGGUUCCUGCCUGCCACAGCUUUAACCGUGCUAUUCAUAAGAAAACCAGAGGAGCGGGAGCCGAAGUGGAAGAAGAAUAUUAGUGCACAUACACUUUCCUGCGAGAUUGUUUGGGGUAGGAGGAGAUUCUCAUGCCUUGUGCUGUUUACAGUGUAAAUAAUUGUCGUGGUUUUUUUUUCACAGGGCUAUGAAACUGCACAUACUUAAACACAAGAGCCUUUACCUUUUAGAUUAAAGAUAGCUUUUAGUCCAUCUAUGUAAAUAACACUAUAAAAACUAAUUGUACAUACAGAGUCUACAGCUGGCUGAACAACGUAAUCACUACAAUGCAGCUAUGAUAGUGUUGCGGCUAUAGUUGUGUGUGUUUUUAAGUGUCUUGUUUCAAAAAUCUGUAUAUCCUGUAUAAUAUAUGAAUGUUUCUGAGAAGAAACUCUAAAUAGGUAAAGGUCAACUUGUUUAAAGAAUCUUCAGACAACUUAACUGGACAACCUUAAAAUUAGACUAGAACAGAUCCAUUAUAGUAGUGUGGCAGUGGAUAAAAAGAGAGGAAUAUUAUUGUAUAGUCAGAAUAUAAAAAAAGUUCUUGUCUACCCUA